GGGUCCUGUACACGCUUUGCAGCGAAGGUUGCGCUCUUGCUUCGUUCCAGUCCUCUACUCUCACAAGAGUGUGCAUACCCUCGCAGAAUUUCUCACCAAAGUUUGUGCAGAUUGCUACUGAUUCCCGUUCCCUGCAUCCGUUCCCGCCUCCUGCUAAUUGGGUACUUCGAUUAUCCGUCGCACAGUACCUGUGCUCCAAUUUGGGUGCAAAAUUUCACUUACAGGUUUCAUGCAUGUGAAUUCGUUCUUCUGCUUGCUUUGUUUUCUGUUUCGGUGAUUUGGAGAUUGUGGGGAGUGUUUUUUUCAGGUGCAGAAUCCUGUUAACGUAUUAGGAACUGCAUUUUUGCAAUUUCUGUUUUUGCGAGAAUUGUGCGUGUUUGCUUAGGGUUUUCAGCUGUGAUGCAUAUAUGUAUGUUUAAUGGAUGGUUAAUUUAUGUAGUUUAGUACGUUUAGCAUAAUUUGAAGUGCGUGUUUGGAGAUUCAGUUGCGUGGAUUUUGUAUUUAAAUUUAUGAAAAUAAAUAUACAUCUGUGUGUCUAGCAUUCUUAGUCGCAUAAGUUCGCUGGCAGUUGGGGUGAUGUGAUGUACUAGUCGUCUUUUCUGGUGAAUGAUUCUGGUAGGUCAGCUAUCGCUAAUACUUCUUCUCGGAAUUGACGGGAAUCAGAAAUUGGUUGUGGAACUGGUGUCUUCCAGUUACUGGGGUUGUGAAUUACGAGAUUCGUGUUUUUUGGGGCAUACUAACGUAGAUGAGUUAUUUUAUGAAAAUAAUACCAAUGUGACUCCGUUAACUUGGCAGUACUCAGGAUCGCAGUGCUGCUUUCAUAACUUGGGCGAUAUCCCAGUUGGAUCCAGAUAGUCAACAGGAAAGUCACACGCUUGCACAUUGGCAUGGGGCAAUCUCCAUCGAAGAAGAUAGAAGGUACUCUAUUGACAUCCUCGGCGUUUCAGGCAGCUAUUUGUGCGAGUUUCGAGGAAUGCAUGAUUCUUUCACAGCAUUCGUAUCCUGGCCUUCAAGUAUAUCAACUUCUCGAUGCUUCAAUUCGCAUUUACGACAAGAUAGUUAUUGAUGAAGAUGAUAAGGUGUCUCGAUACAAAGAGCGAUGGCUUCCUAACCCACCAAGCCAACUUGAAGUGGAUGCUACAAUCAAGAAAGAGCGCUUGCUCAGAGGCGGGCAAAAGGUGUUGGAUGUAGACGAAUUUCGGAUGUUUGCUACUGUCUUGUUCAGGGAUAUGGGGUUGACAACUGCGCGCCACCGCCUUGCCCUGUAUGUACCUUUAGGAAGUCUUGCUGUUCUAAUUGCAGAUUUGUCUGCUAGAAAAUUACCCUUGAUAGGUCCCAUGUAUCGUGCUGGAGGACCGUUGAUGCCAGGUUUGCUUCUUGGCUCUGUGGUUGGAGUUGUCGUCUCCACACAAUUCAACUUGAGCUGAAGCACAGAAUGUUUUAUACUUGUAACAUAUCAUCUCUGGACAUAGGACACAUGGGGCUUCUCUUUGGCAUAUGUUUGUAAGUGCCAAGCAAUUCUUAUGUCCUGUAUAUUCAUUGCGUUAGACAACGAUUUUGCCUUGCCAACUUCAAGUUGAGGUACCUAGGUGACCUUAAAAGGUGCACUCUGAACCACAAGAUUGUGGUGCUAAUUUGCCCUUCUUGCAUUAAAAGAUUUCAUUGUGGAGAAGAUCUUUUGAGAACGUCGACUGCAGCCCUUCGUAUGUAUUUUCGAUACGAAAUGUUCAAUAAGAUUGAAUGCUUCGAAGGGGGACCUCAUGGUAUA